GCGGUGCAUUGUGGGUAGGUCAGGAGCGGAGAGGACGCCAUGUGCCUGUGAGGCUGGAAGCAACCCCCGUCUCUCUCCGUCACGCCCGGACUCUAUUCCAGUCACCUCCACGCCGUCUGCACGGCUCCAGCCCCCGCUGACAUGUACUGCACCAGCCGCUGCCUCCGGACCGCAGUGCGGGCCGUCGCCUCCUCACGCCGGCAACACCUUCAGCGGCAGGCUCCAUCCUUGUGCGCUCUUAGACUUCUAAAAACCAGUCCAGCCACCCACUCGGAUGCCAUCGCCACCCCACAACUCGAUGGAGCACCCAAACAAUAUUCCCAGAAAAUCCAACAGCUUGUCAAUGACAUUGCCAGCCUCACCCUGCUAGAGGUGUCAGACCUCAACGAGCUCCUUAAGAAAACACUGAACAUUCAGGACGUUGGAAUGAUGCCAAUGGGUGCAAUGGCUGCAUCUGCACCAGCAGCCCAGGCCACAGAAGAGGAGGAGGCACCAGUUAAGAAGGAGAAAACCCACUUUACAGUCAAAUUGACAGAAUUAAAGGCAGCAGAAAAAGUGAAGCUCAUAAAGGAAGUGAAGAAUUGCAUCCAAGGCUUGAAUCUUGUUCAGUCUAAGAAACUAGUGGAGUCUCUUCCCCAGGAAAUCCGGGCCAACGUAUCCAAAGAAGAGGCAGAGAAACUUAAAGCAGCCCUGGAGGCUGCAGGCGGCACCGUGGUGUUGGAGUAGAUCUGUGCCCCGACGUGCCCACCUGUCCUCUGCCAUUUUGCUGGUCAUGCACUUUGUUCAUCAUUAUGUCCUUUUUUUUUUUUUUUUUUUUUUUACACAACCAAGAAGAUUUUAAAGAGGAAAAGAAACAAAGAAAUGCCUUGUUCCAGUAAUGCCGUCUCCUAGCAGCAUCAGGUGGAGCCGAACAACUCAGAUUGAACUUUCCAAGGACAGAACCUGCACAAUCGACCACCUGCUGUUUGUUUGUUUGCUCAUGUGUUCGUCUGACGCUUCUGUAGCAAUCAAGCUACAGAAAUAGUGGUCUGUGUGCCAUGGAAGUCAUGUGUAUGUAAAAUGUUUCUCAGUGGGAAGGUUGUAGGAGCAUGGUUACAGAUGUUGAGAAACUCCAGAUACUGUAUCUAGCCUGUUGGAUGGCAGCGCUGAGUACUUACGUGGCUCAUGGAAAAUGCUAGUAACAUGAUUAAAGUUAUCAUUUUCUUCA